AUGCCUCCGCCUCCCAAGCCAUCAUCCUCCGGGCCCGCGGAUCUUCUAGAUUUUGGCCCAAUGGACGUCAAACCCCACAGCCGGUCAACGAACAGGACUUGGAGUCCUGGGGAGCUUGGUCAUUACUUCCUGACAGAUCGAUUCAAUAUUAUGUUCCGCAUCGCAGAAGAUACUCACACCGAUAUCUCUAUCGUGGCGAACUCCGAUCCCCUUCAAAUUCGUUUGGCUGGCCUGACUCCUGAAGAUGUUGAUGAAGCAUUAGACAAACUACAAGGAUCGCUCGGCUUCAUUGAACCGCCAAACGAUAUUGCUGUCCUCGGUUCGAACGACGAAGUACCCCGAUACCGGAUGAAGAAGUUGAUGGACACUGACCGAGCCACCGGACAACGUCUUGUUGAAGACCUCAGCUUGAAGUACAACUUGAAAAACGUGAUGAUACCAUACUCUCAGGCUCCCGCCAUUGUCACCAUAUCUCCAACGCCACGAGUUACCACGGCGCCACGCCAUCCAACCCCUCCGCAUGCAGGAGCCAAAGCUCCGACAAAAUGGGACUCCGAAUUCCCAAAGCUGGACACUCCUGCCCAAAAGAUUUCUCCACAGAGUUCUUCUGCAUGGCCUGCUUUAUCGCCACCAACUUCCGCUUCACGUUAUCCAAUCAGGUCACCACCCCCUCCAGCCAGAACGACACAACCUAUGCAACCUAGCAUUGCACCGCAGGUUAAGAUCCCCGUCGUUCAACAGUCUGAAAUUGGGAAGCUUGCUACGCCGAGAAUCCCGAAUGUUAGAAAGACUCGGAAGCCUGCAAGUGUGACAGAUGAGAACAUAGCACCCAGGGCAUUGUCUCUCUCAUCGCCUCUAACUCCCGCUGCCAUUAUCAAAACCCGACAGGAGCGUAGCCCGACACCUGAAACGACUGUAUCGUCGCUGCCUAGUCGUGAAUCUGGAUUGAGUUCCCCAUUGUCUUCUCCACCGCCGCCUCAGACCACCCCUAGCAGUUCCCCUCCUACCUCCCCGCCAACGCGUUACAUUUCUCGACCCGGUAGCCCGGUGUCGCUUUCAAUUGUCAAGAGGCCGGAAUUUAACCCUGGAACUCGGGAUCGACCUGCAGGCAUCCGGUUUCCGGGAGGUUUACCUUGCGAUGCUACCCGCCCGGUUGCUAUCUCUGCCAGCCAUGCAGCACUUCAAGAUAGCCUCGAGAUGGUUGGAAAUGUCCCUCACCCAUCCAGUCCGAUAGCUACUCCAUUGGUGAGACGACCUACUGAGUCUCUUGCAUUGACUCGGCAGAAACUGCUCUUCGGGUUGCCAAUUUCAAGUAUCCCAGAGCGCUCCAGUUCAAAACGACCGCCGGUUCCUCCAAAGCCUCCACAGCUUCGCAUGACCUCUAGCAAAUUAUCAACUGUUAUCGAGGCUGUCCCUGAGUCCCCAAAUCUUGUCGAUUCCAACCCGAUGAAAGAUGAACCGAAGCCAGCCAACCUCAGUUUGGACGGUGGGGAAAUGACUGGCAAAAAAUAUACAACAGAAACUGUGAACAGUAACGACUUCCCAUCAUUUGAAAUGCUAUUCGACUUGGGUGAGAUAUCAGUUUACAUUGUUGAUGACCAGCCAAUUAUCCCAUGUAUUGAACUUCCAAUAUUCGGGCUCCAGGGAACUGUGCCUACAGAAACAAUGAAUACAAAUCCCCAAGAACAGGCUCCAGACAGGAAACAGGAAUCCAAUGUGCAGGCAGCUAUGCAAUUCUUGUGUCGCGAGAUUCAGAUUAACGAGUCAACCAGUCUAUCUGAAAUCGCCGAAGCACCCCAACCACGAGAUCCAGCAGAUGAUUCUAUUCAUGAAGCCCAGGUUGCGGUGUCUGAAUCAGAAACACGGGAACUCCACAGUAUCAUGAAUCAGAAGUCCGCUCGGCCUGUUGAUAUCGAUAAAGAGAGUAAGAUCCAAGCAAGGGCAGACUCUAAGGCUCGACAUACGGCCAGAAAGAACGACAUGUGGGGAUUGACUACUUUCCAACGCGCUCGGGGUCACAAUAAUGUCGCCAAGGCCAUUCUAGAACCAACAAUGGAGCCAGGUGUUGGGGCAAAGGAAAGAUUGUCUUCGAGGAAUGAUACAAUUAAGCGGUCCAAGUCGGAAGAUCGCGCAAAAACCGUUUUUCAUAUGCUCGAGCCAGUGCUUGGUGCCGCGAAGGCGUUCCCUGGUCGAAUGACUUUGGAGGUCCAGAUAGGCCUGAUCCUGGUCCCUCCCACGCAACCAUGUGGUCCGAUGGACUUGGCCGAACUUCGCAAAUACUUCAAUCCCAACACUGGUCUUCCGCCUCCCAAACCAUUCUUGUACAACCGGCUGGCCAUCAGCAAAGCUGAUAUUGACAACCUCAUUGGUCUUCGAGUUGCCGGCCGCCGUGUUUUUGACCAGGAGCCCUACGAAGAAGCUGUCGACUGUGAAUUUCAUUGUGUCUUGCCAAAGGGCAAUACCGUGGAAUCAUUCCUCGUCACCAUAUUCAAUGAUGAGCCUGCAAGAACCACCGGACCCAAUUUUCCGCUUGGAAACAUUCAUUUGAAUUUUCCGGAUAACAACUGGGAUGCCGCGAUUGUUCUUACCGGCCAAUCACCGUAUGUCAAGCUAGGUGCAAACAUUAAAGAUGAUAUCCUGGAAAUGACCAAAAACUUUCGCAAGGUCUUCUCAGGGUCGGACAUCCAGAUCGAGACAACUGUGCCCCCGCCGCCGUUUGAGAUUGAGAAAAUUCUGAUGAAGCGAGUCUCAAAGUACCGCUACCUCCGUGAAGGUGAAAAGGACAGAAAGGAAGAUCUUUACAUGCGAAUCACAGAGAUUCAAGACCUGGUGAUCUCUUACUCGGGCUUUCAGAAAACAGAUAUCAAAGCCUACUGCCCCGACGAAUCUGACAAAGUCGAACGACCGCACCGCUGGUCCGAAGUCUCACUCAUCAGCUCGGGAACAGAAGAUGCAUUGGAAUCAAACUGGAAACUGGAAGUUGGUUCCCAAACAUCUAAAUGGAACACAGCUACACUCUUUGGACAGGGCACGGCACCUGCAUCUUCUUCGGCCGCGAGCUCCCCGGAUGCCCUUAUUGAUGCCCCGGGCCUGUGGUCUCUCUUCGGUCUGACCGAGACGGUUGUCAAGAAUAUCGAUGAGAUUGGAUCCCGAAGCAAGGACGCAUCUGCUGCGUCGACAGAAGGAAAAAUAUCGAAGUCGUUGGUUUUGUCCGGAACCUCUUCUUCCAAAGAUCGAGCUGCCCCCUCUGGCCAAGUUAGCCAAGUUAGCCAAGAUCGAAACAAAAGCCUUGCGAACGUGGCUGGUAGCUCUCGAUUGAGAGAGCAUGAAGAGAACCCACGAGAAUCCCGGUACUGGUGA